AUGUCCUUAGCGCACUUAGAAAACGCGCGCUCGAUGCACCUCGAGAACGAAUCUCUCGAGAUGCUCUUAUCGAGAGAGUUUUCCAGAAAAGGGGUGGAUUUUUCGCACAAGAAACGGCUCGCGCAAUCGCACCGAGUGCGGGGAAUGCUCGAUCGAAUGCGAACGAACGCACGGAAAUUGAAAGCGUACUAUGAAGACCUCGACGGAAGCCGAAAAGAGGAAAUCGAACGCUCUGGCGGCACUGGGGAGAAACCGUUCGAAACGUUUUACCGAGCAAUGAAAGAAGAGAAGAUGAGGUUACAGAGUCGUAAUAAUGAGAGCGGCGGCGGCGCGGCGGCGAUUCAGACGACGACGAACGCUAACGACGAUACGGAUGCGAUGAGAGAACAGUUGGAAGAGCAGCAAAGGAUCGCCGCGAAUAAAGAACGAUUGAGGAAAAAGCUAACCGCGAAGAGUAACGGGAAAGAAGAGAUAGAAGAGGACGACGCGAGGUUAGAUCCGAACGCGGAGAAGUUGCCGGACGGAGUGGAUUUUUCGGGAGAGGAACAUCAGGGCAGAUAUUUGGAUUUAGUGAGAUUUCAUCACGCGUUUGUCGCGGACGUCGCGAGAACGUUCGGAGUGAGUUACACCGAGGAGGUGAAGAAGAACGCGUCCAAGAAGAGAAAGAUGGAGCAGCGGCAAAAGUCGGGGAAAAAACCUUCGGAUGGAGAAGACGAAGAGAAGGAGGAGGAGGAAGGCGACGACGAAGACGAAGAGACGAGACGUAAACCGCUCGAAUACGUCGCGUUUCUCCACGAGCUGCCAAACUUGUUCGACGCUGAAAAAACAGCCAACCUCGAACGAUCGAAGAAAUUCUCCAAAGCGUACGUCUCUUUCUGCGAAGAGUUGUGCGAAUAUCUCGUCGAUUUUUUAGAACGCGCGAGUCCUUUGCAAUUUGCCCGCGACGUGCUCGUAAAAGAGGAAAUCGACGGAGAGUUUGAAAAGCUGUUCGAACGAGGAGCUUUGAAAGGGUGGGAAGAUAAAGGCGUCGUCGCUUCUACCACUGGUACCGUCAAAUUAGAUUUGGCCGCGAUCAAAGGCAUCGCGAAAGGUAAAAACGCGUCGUCAUCGAAAGCGUUGAAAAGUUCCAUGAAUGACGAGGAGAUUAAAGACGCGCUAAACAAAGCCGGUUUGAAAACGGGAGGCACGCCGGACGAGCGGUGCGAGCGUUUGUUCCAAGUUAUAAAAUUGGUAUCGGCGGCGAAAGGAGGAAAAGACGACGACGCGACCAUCCCGUCCAAGUACAUUCGCAAAGGCGUUGUCGUAGGCGGCGGCGCGGAUAAAAAAGACGAAAAAGCCGAGGAUCGAAGCAAAACGCAAAAAGAAAGGGCCAAACACAUCGCCAGACUCGAAUAUCGAUUAAAACUCUUAUUCGCGGGCGCUUUACGUAAAACCUUAGACAACACGAAAUCGCAAGCGGAAAAGAAACUCACCAUGUCCCGCCAAGAAAUCGAACGAGAACACGAAGAGGACGACGAUUUCGCUUUUUCCGAAGGAGACGAGGACGAAGACGAGAUGAACAAAGAGAUUUAUAACCCGUUGAAACUUCCGAUGGGAUGGGACGGGAAACCAAUCCCGUAUUGGCUAUAUAAACUGCACGGAUUGAACGUAGAGUUUAAAUGCGAAAUCUGCGGCAACUAUUCGUACUGGGGUAGACGCGCCUACGAACAACACUUCACGCAGUGGCGCCAUCAACACGGCAUGCGAUGUUUGAACAUUCCUUUUAGCAAAGCGUUCAACGAAGUCACCACGAUUGAAGAGGCGAGAAGGUUGCACCGGUCGUUAGAAGAGAAAAAAGUCGGGAAAUGGGAUCGCAAACAAGACCAAGAGUGCGAAGACGCGGACGGGAACGUGUAUAACGCGAAAACGUUUGCCGAGUUGCGCUCGCAAGGUUUGAUUUGA